CGCAAGAUCCCUGCCUCCUCUGAGUCACUCAUCUCAGGUGGUCUAUAAAUACCGCGGAACCGGCUGCCCUUCUGCACCGGCUGAAGAGGAGCUGCUCCCGUCUGGACCAGAGAGAGGCAGACAAACAGGUGAAAGAUCAGGAAGAUGAUGCUACCCGCCUGCUUGAGCUUGGGGCUCCUGUGCCUGGCCAUCGGGCCCUUCCUGAGCGGUGUUGAUGCCGACCAGUGCCCCAAGUAUUGGAUGUCCUACAACGGCCACUGCUAUGGCUACUUCCACCAGGAGAUGAGCUGGAGGCAGGCGCAGGCUCACUGUCAGCGCCAGGGGGCCAACCUGGCUUCCAUCCUGGACCGGAGCGAACACCAAGCCGUCGCGGACUUCCUGCAUCGCAUCCAGUUUGACGACGAGGAUGUGUGGUUCGGCCUCUCCACCUCCAACAGGAACCAAGGCUGGGUGUGGGCUGAUGGCAGCCCAACCGGAUACUCAUCCUGGGACAGGUUCAAGCCCUCUUCCUUCCUGAAAAAUGAGCAUUGCGCCCUGCUGGAGGAGGAUUCAGGUUUCAUGGUGUGGGACAACGACUCCUGCUACGAACGCAACCCCUUCCUCUGCAAGCUGUAAACGCAGCAGCCGGAUCCAGGGCACAGCCAUCGGCCCCCAUCCCCCACUCCUGCUCUAACCCUUCUCAGGUGGCCUUUCUGUGUAUCCCCCCCCCCCUUUCACCCUCUUGCUCUGUCCCAGCCCCUCCCAUGACACUGAAAAUAAACAGCUUUUGAGCAUA